GGGUGGUGAGAGGCGGCUUUGUGAUUGGCUGAGAGGUCCGCGGCCGUUGGGGCGGGAAAAGGCUCCGAAGGGCUCGAGGCUGUGGUGGGAAGUUGAGCUUUCCUCAGACUUGAGGCGAGGACGACCACACUGGAAGGGGACGAAGAAUCCAGGGUGUGGCAGAAGACUCUGGAGAGAAGCUAAGGGGGCCGACUUACGGACCCAGUGAACAGUCCAGGUGCCCAAAAAGCCAUUUGAAAAUGGAUGGACCUGUGAGGCCAAGAUUGGUUUCCGUCAGUGACUUUCAGUUUGGAGCUGUUGCCACAGAGACCAUCGAAGACGCCCUGCUCCAUUUGGCCCAGCAGAAUGAGCAAGCAGUGCAGGAGGCUGUGGGCCGAAUGGGCAGCUUCAGGGAGACUCGGAUCGUGGAGUUUGUUUUUCUCCUGUCUGAACAAUGGUGUCUGGAGAAAUCUGUGAGCUACCAGGCUGUAGAAAUCCUAGAAAGGUUUAUGGUCAAGCAGGCAGAGAACAUGUGCCGACAAGCGACACUCCAGCUGAGAGAUAAUGAAAAGAUAGCGCCUCAGAAUUGGAGGGCUCUGAAAGAGCAGCUUUUCAACAAGUUUAUCCUGCGCCUUGUGUCAUGUGUUCAGCUAGCCAGCAAACUUUCUUUCCACUACAAAAUAAUCGGCAAUGCUACAGUCCUGAAUUUCCUCCAGGCUCUAGGGUACCAAUACACAAAAGAAGAACUGCUGGAGUCAGAGCUUGAUGUUUUGAAGUCCUUGAACUUCCAAAUCAAUCUGCCUACUCCACUGGCAUAUGUGGAGAUGCUCCUAGAGGUUUUAGGAUACAAUGGCUGUUUGGUCCCAGCCACACAGCUGCAUGCAACCUGCCUGACCCUGCUUGACCUGGUCUAUCUUCUGCAUGAACCCAUAUAUGAGAGCCUGCUGAGGGCUUCAAUUGAGAACUCCACACCCAGUCAGCUGCAAGGGGAAAAGUUUACUUCCGUGAAGGAAGACUUCAUGCUCUUGGCAGUAGGAAUCAUUGCAGCAAGUGCCUUCAUCCAAAACCAUGAGUGUUGGAGACAGGUUGUGGGGCAUCUGCAGAGCAUCACUGGCAUUGCCCUGGGGAGCAUUGCGGAGUUCUCUUAUGCAAUCCUGACUCACAGCUUAGCUUAA